UUUGUUGUGACAUAUUUUUAAAAAACCUGUGGAUAGUCUUCAUUUUGUUAUUGAUCGUUUUUAUAAAAUCAAACAAUUUACAUAUAAGAUGAUCUUUGGAUUAAAUAUCUAUAUUUUAAAUAGGUAGACUUAUUCUUCAUAAUUUUGAGUUUAUGGCGGGAAUAUAUAUGUUUCUUACAACCUCCUUGAAAUUCAGAAGGUUUGAAUAAUGAUAUUAAUUUCUAACCUAAAUAUCAUUGAUAAAAAUAUUAAAAGUAUUAAACUAUUAAAUAAAAUGCACAGAAUAGAAAAAAGAAAUAAGAAUUAAGAAUUUUCUUCAGCGUUUGUUGUUCUGCUAAACGAAAAUGUCUACCUUUGGUGGAAAAUUAGAAGAGAAGGAAUUAUCAUUCAUUGGCAUUGAUUCUUUUGAGUCACAUUUGCUGAGUUGUUCUACUUUUAUGUUGUCCCAUUUUCAUAAAGAUCACAUGCGUGGAAUUCAAGAUCAUUCUUUUCAAGUGGCAUUCAAUAAUACUAAAAACAAUAUGAUGCUUUAUGCAUCACCAUUAACAAUAACAUUUUUAAAGCGCAAUAAAACCAUUCAUCUUAGAGAAGAUAAACUUGUAUCUCUUGAAAUUGGUUUCCCUAAUUUAUUGAAAGUGCAUUCAGAUAAUUUUGAAUACAUUUGUGUGACCUUAUUACCAGCUGGACAUUGUCCAGGAUCAGUAAUGUUUUUGAUUGAAGCUGGUGCACAUCGUAUUUUGUAUACUGGAGAUUUCCGAAUACAAUUACAAGAUCUCAAACUAUUCAAACCACUUUUGAUAGAUAAAGAAGGUAAUGAUGAUCCAAAGAAUAUAUCUGCAUUGUAUUUAGACACUACUUUUGCAUCAAAAAAUUAUUAUGAAUUUCCAAUGAGAAAGGAAAGUAGUGCUAACUUGAUAAAAGUAGUUGAAGAGUGGUUAAAUCAAGACCCUAAUAAUAAAAUUUGUCUGUGGAUGCCUGGAUAUGUAGGUAUAGAAUAUGCCAUAGUUGAAGUUGCUAAAUAUUUCAAAUGCCCUAUUCAUGUGCAUAAACAAAAAUAUGAUGAAUUGUAUAGUUCAAUAGCAGAAUUAGAUAAUUAUGUAACUCCAAUUUACACUAAUAAUAGAAUACACGCGUGUUCAAAAAAUGAAUGUGACACUGAUAAUGUUAACUGUAUGCAAUUAAACAAAAAUGUAAAAUGUGUACAGCUUAAUGCUCUAGCAUUUACUAAAGAUGUGAUAAGCACAGGUGGCCAUGUAAUUGUUAAAAAUAAUAUAACCAGAGUUUGUUAUUCUAGCCAUCCUAGUUGUAAGGAGUUAAGAGAAAUUGUCAGGUUUCUUAAUCCAGAAAAAUUAUAUUUUAAUGUAAUAGUUAAUCAAACAUAUAAAGAGAUAUAUGAUAUUUUAACCGAAAACAAUUGGACUCCUAGAGCAGUGAAGGAAGUUGUUCAAGAAAAUCCAAAAGUGGUUUUAAAACUCUCCAACAGAUUUAAAUUCAAUCAUAAUGUACAAAAUAAAACAGAAGAUACAUUCAACAAAAGACCAAGACUCGAAUCUCCCGAAAGAGAAUGAAUCUUAAACUUAUUUAAUUAUAAUUUUUAAAUAAAAAGAUAUUAUAUUGUAAAGUACUAUUAUUUGAUUAGUAUAGUGUUACUAUUAGACUUGAGGCGUUUGAAAUGUGGUGCUAUAGAAGGAUGCUAAGGAUAAGCUGGGUGGAUAGAGUAACCAAUGUAGAAGUACUGGAAAGACUAUCAGAUGGAAAGUCACUAUGGAAUAACAUAGUCAGAAGGCGAAAUGAAUGGAUAGGCCAUAUCAUAAGACACGAAGGAUUGUUGAAAUCGAUAAUAGAAGGAACAAUAGAGGGAAAUAACCGUAGGGGUAGACCAAGAUUGGAAUUCAUUCAACAGAUAAUAAAGGACCAAGGAUGUAACUCGUAUGUGGAAAUGAAAAGGAAGGCAGACAGGAGAGAAGACUGGAAGAUGGCUGCAAACCAAUCUACGGAUUGAAACCAUAGAGAGAGAGAGAGAUAGUGUUACUAAAUCAAAUGUUGAAAUACUAUCAAAUUUGUGUGUAUGUGUAAAUAAACUUUAAUGUUUUUAUGUUUUAAAUAAAUAAAAUUCACAUUAAAUAGGUAGUAUACAAUAUAUAAAUAUCAAGACACUUGUAUAAAUUGUUUCUAAAAAUAAAAUUGUAAGGUAAUAGUUUUUGAGAUAAAAAUCUAUCGGUUAUAAAAUUAUACCUAAGUGUAUUAUUUAUAAUUACAAUGAAUUACAAUAAUAUUGGUAUUAAUAAUAACUAGGUUUUUGAAUAAUCAUUUUGUUAGAAAUCUCCUAACAAACAUUUAAUGAUUAAUAAAUGCUUAUGAUUUUAUUUUCAUAGAUAUUUUAGUAAUGAAUACUAUUUGGCUUUUCAGAUAUAUUAAAAACCUCGUACAUAAAUAAAACACCAUGGAAGAAU